UCUUGGUGACGAUGAAGAUUCUUCCUCUGAUGAUGGUCUCGCUCCUUUGGUAAUUAAUCGUCGUGGCUCGGACUCCGCCUACUCUAGUGCUUCUCAACACCAUGAUCAGCAUCAAUUUUCUCCUGUUGAUUCAUCUAUGCAAAAAACUCACCGUGAACUUAUUCAUUCACCUCGUUCUUGUUCUAUUUCUCCUACCUUUACACCUUCUGUUAUUGAACCCGCUCCCGUGACUAACUUUUAUAACCCUUAUCCUCCUCCGACUAUACAUCCCACAUACACUAAUCAGCCUCCAUCACCUUUGACAGAAAGUGAUCUUUAUGAAGCAAUUAAUGCUACUGUUGCUUUGCAACAAUUAUCUCAAGACGAUGGUGCCCGUCCUCUGCGAAAAGAUUCAACUUGUAACGCCUGGCCUCGAAGUUUUAUUAUGGGUAAUCGUGAAUUUCAAUUUGUUGGCUGUCGAUAUCGUGUUGUUCGUUACUGGUAA